GGAAGAGCUUUAGUCCCAGGAUGUACCUUAUUAUUCAUCAGAAGAUCUACAGCAGAGACAGGCCUAAGCAAUAAAUGUGGAGGCAGUGCCCUUGAACCUCACACGUCCUACGAGAGCAUCCACGCUCCAUAGACACCCCUCACCCAGCACAGGAUGGACCCCCUGCCUCUGCUCCUCUACCUGUGCGCAGUGCUGGCACCGAGCCGUGGAUUCAGCGUGGACGUGGAGGGACCCAUCACCUUCCAGGAGGCAGCAGAGGGGUUUGGGCAGAGCGUCUUGCAGUUCGGGAAUUCCAGCACUGGGGGGCUGAUUGUUUGGGCCCCGCUGCAGACAGGAAACGUGAAUGAAACCGGCAAAGUCUACAAGUGCGACCCGGGCUCCAGAUGCUGCCAGGAGAUCCCCAUCCAGAGGCCCCCCGAUGCCAUGAAUAUGUCCCUUGGUUUGUCUCUGGCUGCUCAAGGCUCCGAGUUCCUCUCGUGCCCCACGGUGCACCGGGCCUGUGGGGAGAACAUGUAUGUCAGUCACUACUGCUUCCCUCUGCAGCAGAGCUUCUGGCAACUCCAGCACAUCCUGGACACACAGCCAGAGUGCCCAAAACAUGUCACAGACAUAGCGCUCCUCAUCGACGGCUCGGGCAGCAUCGCACCUGUGGACUUUGGAAAGAUGAAGACGUUUCUCUCUGAGAUCAUGAAGCGUUUCCGCAGCACCGACACGCAGUUUGCCCUCAUGCAGUACUCGCACAGAUUUAGAGAGCACUUCGACUUCUUACAGUACAGGAUGAGUCGUGACCCCGAUCGCCUCCUCAGGUCGGUCUGGCAGCUCAUGGGAGCAACGCACACAGCCACAGCCAUCCGGAAAGUGGUGCGGGAGCUGUUCACCUCUGGGAGAGGAGCUCGGGAUGAGGCCACCAAGGUUCUCAUUGUGAUCACAGAUGGGGAGAAAACUGGAGACCCACUUUCUUAUUCAGACGCCAUCCCCGAGGCUGAGAGAGCUGGAAUCAUCCGCUACGCCAUCGGGGUCGGCCAGGUCUUCUCCAGUGCUGCUGCCCAACAGGAGCUCCAGGAGAUCGCCUCUCAGCCCAGCAACGAGCACGUCUUCCGGGUGGACAAUUUCGAUGCCCUCCAGGGCAUCCAUAGCCAGCUGCAGGAGAAGUUCUUCGCCUUCAAAGGUAACAGAGCUGGGGCAGGGGCCACAUCUGCAGAAGAGAAGAGUGAGGGGGGAUUUAAUAGCAUCCUUCAACAACCUGAAGGGGCUGCUGGGAAUCCAGAGCUGGGAGUGGUGGGAGCCUAUGACUGGUCCACUGGGAUAUACCUGUACAGGAGCAGUGGGAAGCUGAGUUUCAUCAACAUACCCAGAACCUCUGGGGACACGAAUGAUGCUUCCCUCGGUUAUUCAUCUCAGGUCAUCACAGCCAACGGGCAGACCACCUACAUGGUCGGAGUCCCUCUAUGCCAAGACACCGGCAAAGUCCUCCUGUUCAGCAGAGAUACCAAGGGUGGGGAAUGGACACCCAGAUCAGAGCUGUUGGGAGAGCAGGACAGCUCGUAUUUCGGGAGUACACUGUGUGCUGUGGACCUCGACAGAGAUGGGAACACGGACCUGGUUCUAAUCGGAGCCCCUUUGUACCGUACACCUCUGAAUGGAGGACGGGUCUAUAUCUGCCCAAUUAACUUGCCGGGGACGACGAUGAUCUGCACCAAGACACUACAUGGGCAGACGGGGGAAGUGUCUGGGCACUUCGGGGCCAGCAUGUCUGAAAUCGGGGACAUCAGCGGGGACGGACAGACAGAUGUGGCCAUCGGGGCUCCCAUGGAGGAUGACAAUCAUGGGGCCUUGUACAUCUUCCAUGGGGAAAAGGGAGGCCUCAGUCCCCAGUACAGACAGCGCAUAGUGGGGUCACAGUUUCCCAGCAAGCUGCACUACUUUGGCCAGGCUGUCAGUGGUGGGACAGAUCUGACGGGGGAUGGAUUGCCGGACAUCGCAGUGGGGGCACAAGGGCAGGUCCUGCUCCUGAGGUCCCGGCCGGUGCUCAGAGUCAGGGUCUCCAUCAGCUUCCAGCCCCCCACGAUCCCCAUCUCGGCCUUCAACUGCCAGGGGCAGGAGCAGCUCAACACGGAGGCCAGCAGUGCAGAGGUCUGCUUCACCAUCACUAAGAGCACCAGGGACAGCCUAGGUGACAGGAUCUCCAGCACCAUCCAGUACAGCCUGGCCCUGGACCCCGGGCGGACGAAGAUCCAAGUCGCCUUCAACUCCACCAGCCCCGUCCUGAGCAGGGAGCUGCAGCUCAGCAUUGAGAAGAAAUGUGAGAUGUACCGGAUAAUGUUACCUCUCUGUCCCGGAGACAUUCUGACUCCCAUCACCCUACGCUUCAACUACACCUUGACCGGGGAGCCCAUCCCUGCCGCUGGAGGCCUCAGACCCAUCCUGAGCGAGGACUCUGUGCUGGUGUCUGCAGGCUCACUCCCGUUUCAGAAAGACUGCGGCGCGGAUGGCCGCUGCGAUGACCAGUUAGCAGUCUCCUUCAAUUUCUCUGGCUUGAGCACCCUGGUGGUGGGGGUCACCCCCGAACUCAACACCACCGUCUCCAUCCAGAACCGUGGGGAGAAUUCCUACAGCACCACGGUGCAGUUCUUCUACCCGGCCGCGCUGUCCUACCGCCGGGUCCUGCUGCUCCAGUCUAACAGGAGGGCCAUGGCCGUUAGGUGCAACUCGGCGGUGGGCUCCAAGGAGCAGACUCAGAGGAACAGCACCUGCCACAUCAACCACCCCAUCUUCUGGAGCGGGGCCGAGGUCAUCUUUGUUGCCACUUUCUACGUCUCCUCUGAGGCUGACCUGGGGGACAGGCUGCAGAUCACAGCCACUGCCAGCAGUGACAAUGGCAGCCCCAUCACUGAGCGCAUGAUUCUCCGGACAGAGCUGCCGGUCAAGUACGGCAUCUUCAUCAUCCUCACCAGCCUUGAGGAGUCAACCAAGUACGUCAACUUCUCCACCAAGGAGGCAGGGACAAGCGUGCCAGUGACACAUGGGUACGAGGUCAAGAAUCUGCAGCAGCGAAGCGUCCCCAUCUCAGUCACGUUCCAGUUCCCCGUGGAGCUGAGCGGGGUCCGGGUGUGGGAUGCCUCUGAGGUUGUCCCCUCCAAGCCCCAACUGGCUCAGUGCACCAGUGAGGCUGAAACGCCCGGUUCAAAGGACUUUGUGAAGCAAAUGAGCGAGCGCCCCCUGCUGGACUGCUCCGUGGCCACCUGUAAGAAGAUCCGGUGCAGAAUCACCUCCCUGGAAAUGCAGCAACCGCUGGAGUUUAUGAUCAAAGGGAACGUCAGCUUCCAGUGGGUCUCCCAGACUCAGCAGCAGAAAGUGAGUCUGGUGAGCGAGGCCCGGAUUGAAUACGAGGAGAAGAAAUACACCCAGAAGGAGGGAUUCAUCCAGCGCCAGAUGCAGACCAUGGUGGAGAGCUACAAGGUCUAUAAUUACCUGCCCAUCAUCGUGGGCAGCAGCGUGGGGGGCCUGGUCCUGCUGGCUCUCAUCACCGCAGCCCUCUACAAGCCUUGCUCACGCAGAAGUUGGCAACCAGGUGUGGUCUCGAGAAAGGAAUGUGCCUCCCUGAAUUUGCAUUUAAUCUGAAAACUGUCAUCAAUCAGGGAGGGAAACAAAGGAAGGUCCAUCGUAUGAG